AUGUUGAGCGCAAAAUUUCAAGCUUCUCUGAGUGGCAUCAGCCUGGGUCCGAAGCUGAGCGAACCUAAACGCUCGCGGACUGCAAUGCAGGCCGCCUCGCGAGGUUUGGUCUAUGCGUCUGGCGCGCCUCUCACUGAUCGAAAAUUGCGCGUUGCGGUUAUCGGUGGUGGCCCUGCCGGAGCGUGUGCCGCUGAAACCCUCGCCAAGGGAGGUUGCGAAACGUACUUGAUCGAACGCAAAAUGGACAACUGCAAGCCCUGUGGUGGUGCCAUUCCGUUGUGCAUGGUCGGCGAGUUCGAUUUGCCGGAAGAGAUCAUUGAUCGCAAGGUCACGAAGAUGAAGAUGAUUUCGCCGUCGAACCGUGCCGUGGACGUUGGUCAAACUCUGAACGACAAGGAGUACAUCGGUAUGUGUCGCCGGGAAGUCAUGGAUGACUUCUUGCGCAAGCGCGCAAACAGCCUUGGAGCGAACCUCGUCAACGGCUUGUUCAUGAAGAUUGAAGAUCCCGGCCAAGGGAAUGGACCUAUUCUGGUUCAGUACAACGAUUACGAAGAAGAAAGUAAGACUGGCGUUCCGAAAACUCUCGAGGUGGACGUCGUGAUUGGUGCGGAUGGGGCCAACUCGCGAGUGGCCAAGUGCAUCGAUGCCGGCGAAUACGAUUACGCCAUCGCUUUCCAAGAGCGUAUCAAAAUUCCGGAUGAAAAGAUGGAAUACUACAAGGACCUCGCAGAAAUGUACGUUGGUGAUGACGUGUCCCCUGAUUUCUAUGGUUGGGUAUUUCCGAAGUACGACCACGUUGCCGUCGGAACCGGUACCGUCGUGAACAAGACGGCCAUCAAGCAGUAUCAGACCGCCAUGAGAAACAGAGCGGAAGAGAAGUGUGAGGGUGGUAAAAUCAUUCGUGUGGAGGCGCACCCCAUUCCGGAACAUCCGAGACCUAACAGAGUGAAGGGCCGUGUUGCACUGGUUGGUGACGCGGCGGGAUACGUCACCAAGUGCAGUGGUGAAGGCAUCUACUUCGCCGCUAAAUCGGGCCGUAUGGCGGCCGAGGCGGUCGUUGAGCAGUCUAUGAAUGGAACAAAAGAAAUUGACGAGUCUGACCUUCGAGUGUACUUGGACAAGUGGGAUCGCAAGUAUUGGGCAACUUACAAGGUGCUCGACAUUUUGCAAAAGGUCUUCUACCGCUCCAACCCUGCCCGCGAGGCGUUCGUUGAGAUGUGCGCGGAUGAAUAUGUGCAGAAGAUGACUUUUGACUCUUAUCUGUACAAAACCGUGGUUCCUGGAAAUCCGCUCGACGACGCCAAACUUCUUGCAAACACAGUAGCGUCGCUGGUGCGGUCCAACGCUCUUCGAAUCGCCUCCAAAAGUGGGAUCGGCGCCUGA